ACUUUUCUCCCACCGGCGGGAUGUUGCGACAUAUUUUAUGAGGUAAUUUUCCGUCAAAUUCAUUGUCGUAAACAGUUGUUUGUUAUCUUCUUGGAAAAUGGAAGAAGGAGUGUGCUUUAAGGAAGUAAGUGGUGGGAACAACAAACUAAAGUGAGAUAGAACUUCUUGAGUUGAAGCACGAUGGCGGUCUUGCUGGAUAAAUCAUGGGAGCAUCCUUCGCCAUCCGUUGGUACAAGUACCAAGCGCAAAUCUAAAUACAACAUAGAGAUGUCUGCUAUGAAGAAACGACGACCGAACGCCAAGUCUUACACUGUCGACAUCUAUGAGCAACCAAGGUCAAAGGGGGUUUCUUUUCUGAAUCAGCAUCAGAUGCCAUCUUCGUCAACGUAUAUUGUGGGGGAAAGGAGUAAAGCACAGGUCCAGACUGAUCCAAGCUUGUUGCUGUCCAACUUUCGUGGAACUGUCAAGUUAGUCUGGUACCUGGUUGAGGAUGAUGUCAGAUGUCUCCAUCCUUACAUUUUGGAAGGGGAUGAUUGUGUUGAAGGAGUCUGUACCAAGACCAUCAAGGCCAAAGGAGAAGUCAUAAGUUUUCCAGGGUUGUCAAUUCGCAAGGUGUCUCGGAAAGAAAUGGAUAAGGUACUGUCAAAGCGAGUUGACCGACUGAAGCAACUUGUACCAGAGAUGGGGUUUAGAAUGAAGAGUCUUGGGGAUUACAACCUAAGGUCAGUCAAGAUCUGCUUCCAAGCCCUGCCUCAAGAUGCCGACCAUGACUAUGCCAUCAUCCUUAAACCUGUCAUGACAAGAAAAAUUUCAAGUACAGAUCCUUUCCCACUGAGCGAUCCUAGAAUAAUGUCAAUAAGUGAGUGUAAAGGAACGGUUCACGGCAAGACUGAAGUCACUCUGCAAGUCUCCAACUUGAAAACUGAUGACGUUCUGGUGUUUUUCUAUUGUGAGAGUAGUGAGCCAAGGAGCAGCUGGCAGGAAUUUGCAGACGUCUUAAAUUUCAGAUGGACUAAACAUAGGCAAGCUUCAAUACUGAUCCAGACUCCGCCAUUUCCUGACCGCAUCAUUACAGAGCCAAAAACUGUGAAUGUAAAGAUCCGACUGAGGGACAAUUCCUGUAGUAACACGGUCAACUACACAUACACCCCUCCAAUACAAGGUGGGAAUAGAAUCCAGCGCAGAGUGAAGCAGAAAGAACCAAUCUUUGUUAAUUACUACAGCUGCCUUGGAGCUGUGACAAAUGUAUCCCCAUUGGUACCAACAAGAGAAUUGCAUCAAGAUGAAAAAAAGAGCACAUCGGACGUGGAUGAGUACCCAAGAAUCGCAGGAAUUGAUAUCAAACCAAAAAGGCAGACACUAAAGACACCCACAAAAAGGGAGGACAAAGAUCCAAGGAAAUCCUCAUCUUUGUCAGUGCCUGCUGGACAAUCCGUACAGGCGAGGACAUUGGAAAGGUUGAAUUCCAAGGAGGAGGUUGAGGAAGCAGAUGGUAGAGUCGACCUUGAUCAUCUUAGUCGAUACUUGUCUUUGACAAAUCUCAAUGUACCAAAAGAGUCAGCUCCAAAUGGGAUACCAUCUCAUGAGUUUCACAGAGAGGAGCUUGAGGGAGAGGGUCAGUUGUCUAUGGAGGCCAGUGGCGCCAGUAGUUGCAGAACCAUAACAGAGGAGAACGUGAUAGAAAACAGCCCCUUGUUAUUGGAAGAAGGCUUCUAUUCCCAAGGAUUAGGAUUCUGCAAAGGGGGAAAUGUGACAGAAGUGCCUCAUCCCAUUUCACCUUCAUCUUUGGGUAGAUUUUCUGAACAAGAAGAUGAUUUCGCCAAAGAACCUUCCCUCCCUGAGAGUGAUUUUCUACUGCAUUCAAACAGUUCCCAUUUGUCAACUGUUUGUGACCAGAGAGAAGAAGCUUGCCCAGUCUGGGAACCGAACACAGAUAGUGGUUUUGCAGUUACAAGAAGUCCCAUCUCUGCUGUGGUCGUACCUCCAUGUAUCUCAGAACAGAGUGACUUUCGCAUUUGUAGGGAGUCAACACCUUUAGAUGGUUUAGAAAAGAAGAGGUGUAUGUUUCAUGCAGGGGAGGAUAAGACAAGUAUGUCAACAAGUCCAACCACUUCUCCAGAAGCUUUACAUUCAACAGAUGACCAGCAGGGAGCGGAGGGCAAUCAAAACUUUGGGAGUAGCCAGCAUGAAAAUGAGAGUGCAUCUGAAGGCGGAAACAGAGAAGGUGACGGUCAUGAUCACAAGGGUAAUGAUGAAGCAGAGGAUCAGACAUUCACAGAAGAGUUACGCCCUCCAAGAGCGACACAACGUAUUGAUCAUAGAGGGGGCACCAUCAGUCUAAACAAAUGCGACGUCAGCUUAACGAUCCCUGCAGGUGCCCUGGCCGAGGGUCGGGAAGAGGAAAUUGUGCUGAGUGUUGAUUGGAAUGAUCGUCACAUACCUCCACUGAACGGCACUGACAUGAAUGUGGCACCGAUUGUCAACUGUUAUCCAACUGGCCUGACGUUUCUGAAGCCAGUGACAAUCAAGAUUCCUCACUGUGCGAUACUACCUGAUCCUGGGAAGGUCAAGGCGACAGUUCAUUGCAGUGAGACUGAUGAAGAGAAAGAGCCUGAUUGGGAAAGACUGUCACAGGAUGGCACCUCUGAGGUCCAGGUUGAAUGCGGUAGUAGAUACUUUCGCCUGCAUACCCGUCAUUUUACAAGUUUUAGCAUCACGGUAAACAAAGUAGAAACCAUGGGCAAGGAAAUCAUGUUUGUUCCAUUUGGAAAGGACUUGAACUCAUUCGAGGAUGACCAAGUGAUCCGCUUGUACCAAUACGACUUCUAUGCAAGUAACUGGGAGAGAAUACUGCAGCAGGAGAAGAAUUUUGAAGGAAAGCAGUUGGAUACACCAGUACCAUAUCAAGUACUUGAGCUCUACCAAGGCACUGUUGCUGUUGAAAUGUUUUACAACACACCGGGCUGGGUGCUAGAUUCAGACAAAACAGUUUCAAUUUUGUUUCAUACAAUCUGGAACAUUCGCUCCUGGAAUAGAUGCAAGUUCACAUGGACCAAUAAAACUGAAAAUAUGAAGUUCAGUUGCAAGAUAAAGGUCAAUCAGUCGCAGAAUGAUGUUGUAUUGUCACUGGAUAUCGCAAAUCAUGUAAAGUUAUCUCCCAAGUCAACUGAGCAGAGUAGUUACCCAAGGCAGUUUUCUUCAAUGCAGCCAGCACCAUCAGGACCCCAUCAGGGAGUAACUGUGUAUAAUAAUAUACAUGGAAAUUACUUCCAAGAUAGUCGUAGUUGCGACUCUGGUUUCACUCUCAGUAGGAUGCAAUCGGUUUGUGAUAUGCCCGAACCGAUCAUCAGUAUUCAUUUGCAAUGUCAACUCCAUAUGCUCCUGGACCCAAACCAUGUAUUUGGGAAUGAUUGGAGAAAGCUUGCUGAACUAAAUGGCUAUGGGCAAUGCAUACAAUAUUGGAAAAGUGAACAAGAAUGCAAAGAAUCUUUUUCUCCUACUCGUCAUAUCCUAAAAUUAAUGGAGCAAGACAACAAAAUUAAUUCACUUGAUGACCUUGAGGAGCUCAUGGAGCAAUUAGAGAGGAAUGAUGCAGUUCAAGCAGUAGCCAAAGUUAGACAGCAGAGGGGUCAACCAAAUCCUUCAUCAACUACCUUGCCUGCACUGACAGGGGGACUAGCCGAACAGCCUGAAAAGCCCAUGAGUACAGAAACCACACCCAGUCCAACAGAUAUCAACCAACCAUUAUGUGAUGGUGUGCAAUCAUGUUAUGAUUUUCAAUUACACAGUGAUAGAGAUGUUACUUCCCAAUCGGAGAGAUGUAAACCUCCCACUGCUUCAUCGGACCAGGAGACCACAGCCUCCAACAGCCCAUAUACAGAUUACACCCAUGAUAGUGAUCAUACACCCUCAAAUAACAAUCAGUGGAGCAGUGCUACUCGUAAGGAGUUGGAUUUUAAGGAUCCUGUUAAAGAAAUUCAAGAAGAAUUUGAAAAUAAAAUUGCACUUUAGACCUUUCUUGUAUUAACAAACAAUGACCAAUACUUUGUUUGGGUAGCCUUGAGUAUCACAGGUUGCCCUUGUUUUUAAUUAAAAAAAAUUUAAAUUCAUAAAUCAAAUAUGAAUUCUUGGUUGUAGCUAUUGUUGUGGGUACCACAACUUGUCAGUGAUAUGGGUGAUUUUAUACAAUUUUUGUGUUAAAUAUUGUGAUGUUUUGGGUGUUUUUUUUUUUUUUUUCUUCUUUCUUUUUUCACAAUCACUGGUCAGCAAAACUUGUGGCUGUGACGGAGCAGAAGAAAGGUAAUUGUAUAUAGUUUUAUAUGCAUUGAAUGGUUUUGGGAUUUCCGACUAUAGAAACUAUAAUUCAUAUUGACAUCUUUUGGAAUGUUCUGUUGCCAUCAGAAUACCGUACAGUUACUAGGUGAAGUGUGAUUAGAAGUCAUUUUGUAUCUUAGCUUUUAAGAUUUGAUAACAAAUUAAGGCUUGUAAAUGGUGCUUUCUUCUCUAAGUAAUUAAAACUCAUUUUAAGUAUAAUAAUUGUAAAUGUAAAUAAAGAAGUGUUAGGUGAUACAAUUUUAACCUAUUUACUUAAAAAGUAUUUUGUUUCAUCGAAAAUAUGUGGUUUUGAGUCGCUUAAUAGAAUGAUGUUAACAGAAAAACCUGACCAUGUUUUCUCCAUUUGAGUUAAGACUAACACAUUGACAGUCAAGAGAUUUUUUUAAGUUUUCUAUUAUUAUUUGUUUUACUUUUAAAGGCAAAGUAUACUUUUGGUUUUUGGAACCACUCGAUAUUUUAGUCCCAUGUUUAUGUAGAUACUAUAAUCCUAACCUGUAAAAUUUCAUUUCAAAAGGUGGUAGAGUCUUUUGGGUAUUGCCAAAAAUCUGAAGCAGAUAUGUAGGAAGAAUAAUCCGUAAUGUUUUUGUUACCCUUUUCUCCAUUCUCUAAAACCACAAUCCUCUAAAGGGAACCGUUUCUCAAAAAGUUAUGUAUUACGAACAGCUGUAGCUCUUUUUACCAUGUAAGUUUUUAUAGUAAUUAAUUAUUGGGGUAAUAGUAACCCUCCCUUCAAAUUUUGUUCUUGGAAACCACAAGGACUGUUUUCUCUCGAAAGCAACCAUGAGUAAUAAUAUCAAAUUCUCUAUAUUGAACAACAUUUGUAACAAGUAUUGUUUGAAGCUUUGCAUGGUGUGGAUAAACAAGACGAAACUAUCAAUAAAUAGUAAAUUUGUGAGUACAAGCAUGUGUUCAUCUUCCCAUAAAAGAGAUUUACACAUGAUUGUAGCUGGAAGUUUCCUAUUAGCUUCUUCUUACACUUUGCAAUGAGUAUUUUCACUGCUAGGAGGCCAGUUUCUCAGUGUAAGAGCCAGCUUUACUGUAUUAAACACCCUUGACUGUGGUCAGUACUUAGAUUUGAGACCCUUUCUUUUAUAGACUCUGCUGGUCUCGUGCAUAAUAUUUGAUUGUUGAAACCCAAGUGUGCCACUUGUUUUGUUCUUCAUACUUUAUAAAACAGUGUGGGUGCCUACAGAAAUGUUUGAGUACACACAAGAUAUGCACCAUCGGAACAUGUAGUUUUGCACCAAUUUGCUCUUCAGCACUCUGUAAUGCUUCUGAACAACGUGAUACACGCAUUUAAAUUUGUAUUACUGUCGACUCACAAACUGAAGAUGGCUUUACUGGGCAGAAGUUAAAAGCUGAUUGUGAUGUAGUGGUAUGUGCAAAUGUCAUUUAGGGUCAUCAGAGUAUAGGGUGAGUCAAAAAGAAGUUGACUGGGAUCUAUGAUUUAAAAACAAAACAACAACUGACGCUCAAAACACCAGGGAAGUAAAUUUAAAACAAGCAUUCUUUCCUUCUUAUCUUAAAAAAAAAAGAGUGAAACAAGUUGUUCAUUUCUAAGAGAAGUUAGGCCUGUUUACUGAAAGCACUCAUGUUUGUAGCUGUCUAUGGAAUGUUAAUGCUAGACUGAAUCUAAACAUUUGAGUAAGUAGCAAAGGGGUAUAACAAGUAGUUCAUUUGCUUUGUCAAGUAUUCUGUGGACAACUUGCAAAAUUGUAGCCUUAUUAAAAUAUACAUAACUUCUCUAACAAGCAGGAGAGAUUGCUUGUUUAAUAGAUGUUUAACUGAACUUUUGAGUGCCAUUUGUUUGUUUGUUUGUUUGUUUGUUUGUUUGUUUUGAAAAACUUCACCAAUCCCGGUCAGCUACUUUUUGAACCUGUUCUCAGUGGUCGAACUACUAUGGAUUUAUUAAAUACUUUUACUAUUGUUGGCCCCGGUAGACCUGGUAAUUAUAUCAUGCUUCUUCUCAUUUGU